ACUCUAUAAGAAAAUUAGUUAGCGAUAUAUCGACUAUGGCGGACGCUAUCAUUUCCGUUGUACUGAAUCGUCUUGCAGCUCUCAUGCAAGAGCAGAUUCGAAGCCAUGUGAAUUUGGUGCGCGGUGUUGACAAAGAGGUUGAGAGUCUUUCCGAGGAGUUGAACACUGUUAGAAAUGUGUUGGAAGAUGCGGAGAAGAAAGGGUGCAAGGACAAAAGCGUCAAAGAUUGGCUGACGAGGCUCGAAAACACGUCUUACGAAAUGGACGACGUGUUGGACGAGUGGAACUACUCCAUUCUCAAAUUUCGGAUCGAACAAUCUGAUGAUUUUGUUCCUCCUAAUAAGAAAAAGGUAUGGUCCUUCAUCCCAACUUCGUGUAUGUGUUUCAAGAAUGUUUUUAUUCGCCAUGAUAUUGCCUUGAAAAUAAAAGAAGUCAAAGCACGACUAGAUCUAAUCUUGGCGGAGAAAGAUCGAUAUGGUUUUGUGAUCUCUCAACCUAUUGAUCAAUCUCGUGAACCAUGGCGAGUUCAGUCUACUUCUUUGGUCGAUUUAGAGGAAGUUUGUGGUCGGGAAUUAGAGAGAGAAAAUCUGGUGAGCAAACUUUUGGUUGAAGGUGGUAGUGGAAAAGAAUUAGGUAUCCACCUUGUCUCUGUAGUGGGUGCAGGCGGGAUUGGGAAGACAACUCUUGCGAAACUAGCUUAUAACGAUAGUCAAGUAAACAGGUUUUUUCAGUUAAAAAUUUGGAUAUGUGUUUCAGAGACUUUCGAUGAGGUUGUAAUUGCCAAUGAAAUUAUUGAGAGAGCGGGAGGAAGUAAACCAAAUACCAAGCAAUUGGAAAUGGUACUACAAUGUCUAAAAGAUACUAUUUCAGGGAAGAAGUUUCUUCUUGUCCUGGAUGAUGUUUGGACAGAAGACGAUACCAAGUGGGAAUCCCUCAGAAAUUGUCUCAAAUAUGGUGGUGUGGGUAGUAAAAUUUUGGUGACAACUAGAAAUCAAAAGGUCGCAAUAGUGAUGGGUACGGUUAAGAAUGACAUCCACCAAUUAGGACAUCUCUCCCACGAACAUUGUUGGUUGUUAUUAGGUCGGAUAGCACUUUCUAGAAAGAAUAAGGAGGAACAUGAAAAAUUCGAGAACAUAGGUCAGGAGAUAGCCAAAAAGUGCAAGGGAUUGCCACUUGCGGCAAAGACGUUGGGAAGUCUUUUGCGUUUUAAGAAUAGUUUGGAAGAGUGGGAGAGUGUUUUGAAUAGUGAAAUAUGGGAAUUGGAGGAAGUAGAAGUUGACCUCUUCCCCCAUUUGCUUUUGAGUUACAACGAAUUGUCCCCAACACUUAAGCGUUGCUUCUCAUACUGUGCCGUCUUUUCUAAAGAUACCGAAAUUAAUUUGAACAUUCUGAUAACAAAAUGGAUGGCACUAGGUUACCUUGGAUCGCACGGUGACUGGAAACUUAGAGGAAGAGAGUACUUUAAUAAAUUAGCAAUGCGUUCUCUAUUUCAAGACUUUAGGGAAGGUGGCUUAGAUGAGCAGAUGAUAACUUUUAAGAUGCAUGAUAUAGUACAUGACUUUGCUCAAUUCCUUAAGAAGAAUGUCGGAUCUAGAAUUAAGAAAACAACUUGCCAAACUUGUAAGCCUUUUUUAGUUUCCAAAGUCGAACAAUACCGUAGCUUAUUUCACUACUAUGCACUUGAUCCGCAUCUUUGUGAUCGCCUCACUAGUUUGAGGUUGCUGAAGUUAAGAAAAUGUAGCUUGGAAGGUAUCCCGAAAGAAAUAGAAAAGUUGAUUCACUUGAGGUGGUUGGACUUGGGUUGUAAUGAAAUUCCGAACCAAGAUUUCAAGACCAUUUGCAAGCUUUACAACUUGCAAUUUCUUUGGGUGGACGCAUGCGGGCUAGAAGAGAUUCCGUGGGAAAUUGGGAAUUUGGUUCACUUGAUACACUUGGAUUUGGGCGAUAAUAAUUUGUAUUUGGAUGACCUGGAGGCCAUUUGUAAGAUGUAUAACUUGCAAUAUCUGAAUGUCGAAAUGUGCAAGCUACUAGAGAUUUCAGAUGAAAUUGGGAAUUUGAUUCACUUGAAAACCCUGAACUUGGGCUAUAACAAUUCUUUAGAAGUGUUGCCGGAGAGCCUGUGCAAUUUGCGCGAAUUAGAAAGCUUAAAUAUCACUUCAUGCAAGAGUCUUGUUCGACUUCCCCGAGGGAUCCACACGCUCGUAAACCUCAAACACCUCUAUAAUAGGAAUACUACUCGCCUGGUGCAAUAUCACGAAUGACUAGCUAGCACAGCUA